UUCAUCCACAUCACUUCUCGCAGCCGUGGGGAGCUCCAUCAUCCUUGUUGAAUAAUGGCAGCCAUGGCUUCCUACUCCUUCUCCUCCUCGCUCCUUCCUUCUUCUGUUUCUAUCGAUCAUGGCUUCGUUUCCUUUUCCCCCAUCUUUCCUUCUCCUUCUCCUUCUCCACACUCCAAUACUCUCAUUGUUCGCUGUGCCUUUGCAGCCCCCGCCAGAAGAUCCCCUCCUCCUCCUCCGUUUUCCUCACCUUUUAAGAAGAGGCAGUGGAAGCAAGGUGAAUUUCCAGGCAUUACACAGACAUCCGCCCCCAAGAAGACUCCUCUCAAAAAUGUCAAAAAGAAAUUAGACCGCGAGAACCACGCCAAGGCUUGGGCCAAUACCGUCACUGAAGCCUUGUCGGACCAUAUCGCCAACAAACGUUGGCUUCCAGCUCUUGAGGUGUUUGAAAUGCUCCGCGAACAGCCGUUUUAUGAACCAAAAGAAGGAACUUACAUGAAGCUGAUUGUUCUACUUGGAAGAUCAGGCCAACCACAUCGUGCCCGUCAGAUUUUUGACAUAAUGUUUGAAGAAAGAUGUGAACCUACCUCUGAACUCUACACUGCUUUGAUUGCUGCUUAUUGUAGGAACAAUCUCAUUGAUGAUGCAUUCUCCACUCUGAAUCUGAUGAAGACCCUCCCUGGCUGCCAGCCUGACGUCUACACUUAUAGCACCUUGAUCAAGGCAUGUGUAGAUGAAUCUCGCUUUGAAUUAGUCGAAUCCUUGUACGAGGAAAUGGCAGAACGACUGAUAUCUCCAAAUACAGUGACCCAGAACAUAGUCUUAAGUGGGUAUGGCAAGAUAGGGAAGUAUGAGCAGAUGGAGAAAGUUCUUUUAGGAAUGCUUGAAAGCACAACUUGCAGACCGGAUGUGUGGACAAUGAAUAUAAUUCUUGGUGUGUUUGGUAACGAGGGGCAGAUUGAAAUGAUGGAAAGAUGGUAUGAAAAAUUUCGCAAUUUUGGUAUUGAGCCAGAAACUCGUACAUUUAAUAUUUUGAUUGGUGCUUAUGGGAAGAAAAGGAUGUAUGAUAAAAUGUGUUCUGUGAUGGAAUAUAUGCGCAAACUGCAGUUUCCUUGGACGACCUCGACUUACAACAACGUGAUUGAAGCUUUUGCAGACGUGGGAGAUGCAACGAGCAUGGAGUACACAUUUGAGCAGAUGCGUGCUGAGGGCAUGCGAGCAGACACCAAGACAUUCUGUUGCCUUAUAAAUGGAUAUGCCAAUGCAGGUCUCUUCCAUAAGGUAAUUAGCUCAGUUAAGUUGGCAGGAAAAUACGAGAUUCCAGAGAAUACCUCAUUUUAUAAUGCAGUUAUAUAUGCGUGUGCUAAGGCUGAAGAUCUAAUGGAAAUGGAUAGAGUAUUUAAGCGAAUGAAAAAUAAACACCGUCAGCCAGAUAUCAAAACAUAUUCUAUUAUGAUAGAAGCAUAUGGGAAGCAAGGCAUGAAUGACAGGGUCCAUUACGUGGAAAUAGAAAAGAAGCAGGUCAUCGAUGAUGCUCUUAUAACGAGUCAUUAGGUGAUCGAUGAUGCCUUUUAUUUAAACAAUAUAACAGUUGUUCGAGGCUUCUAGAGAUGAUGAAUUUCUUCCAAUUAAUUAGUUUCUGAACGGAAAUAUAACCGUUUACUUAAA